AUGAGUACUCUCUCAAAUAACACCAAUCAAUUUAUGAGCAAGACCGAGACCACGUUACAAAAUCAAGCGGCCUCUAUAAGAGAUUUGGAAGUUCAAAUGGGGCAGUUAGCUCAAGUUUUGACAGAGAGAGAGUCGGGUACAUUGCCCAGCCAAACGGAAGUAAACCCGAAGAAUUUUGAGCAAGCUAAGGCCAUUACAUUGCGGAACGGACGACCAAUCAAGACAGCCGUUGAUUUGGAACAAGAGCACGCUAGAGAGCUUCCUGCCGCAAGCAAGGAGAAGCAGAAGAAAGUUCCAGCAGUUGCCACUGCUUUUCCAGCAGCGGCCAAUGCUGUUCCAGCAGCUGCCAAACAAGAUGGUUCAACUGGACAACUGAGAGCCACAUCCUAUGUCCCUGAAAUUCCAUUCCCACAACGUUUAAAGAGCAAGAAAAUUGAAGAGCAAUUUGAGAAAUUUUUGCACAUUCUUAAGAAAUUGGAGAUCAAUAUUCCUUUCAUUGAUGUGUUGGAACAAAUGCUCGCAUAUGCCAAGUUCAUGAAAGGUAUCAUAACUUCAAUGAAGAAAUUGGGGAACAACCCCACAAUAAAGCUAUCCAAGAGAUGUAGUGCCAUCUUGCAAGGCCAAAAACUGCCAGAGAAAAUGAAAGAUCCAGGGAGUUUCGAUAUACCUUGCACAAUUGGUUCUAUUUAUUUUGAUAAAGCGCUGUGUGAUUUAGGUUCUAGCAUUAAUUUAAUGCCCCUAUCUAUUGCUAGAAAAAUGGGUUUGGGGAAGGAAAUUAAAUCUACUUCUGUUUCUUUGCAAAUGACGGAUAGAUCAAUUACACUACCCAAAGGCAUGAUCGAAGAUGUGAUUGUUAAGGUUGAUACCCUUGUCUUUCCCGCAGAUUUUCUUGUCAUAGAUAUGGAAACCAAUGGCGAUACACCAAUCAUCUUGGGCCGGCCAUUCUUACUCACUGGGAGGACCCUAAUUGACGUUGAACAAGGUCUUGUGGUUUUAAGGGUAGCAUACAAGAGUGUGGCAAUCAAUGUGUAUAAAGCGUUACUCUAUCCAGAAAGUGAAGAAACAUGCAUACUGAUGGACACAUUGGUAAGAGAUAUAUCCUCCCACUUUGAAAAAGAACAUCCAUGUGAUCCAUUAGAGGCUUGUUUAGUCCCCAACAAUAACAAGGAGACGGCAAAUCAGGAAAUUAUUGAGAUGGCCCAAUACUUGGAUGCAUCAAAGCCAAAAAUUAAAGAUAAGUGGCCGGAAUUCGAACCACUCGGUGAAGCACCCCCUAAGCUGCAACCAAGCACCAUUGCUGCCCCCUCCUUGGUCUUAAAGCCUCUCCCAUCACAUCUAAGGUAUGCUUUCUUGGGUGAAAAUAAUACUCUUCCUGUCAUUAUUGCGGCUAAUUUGAACACUGCAGAGGAAGAGAAACUGUUAUAA